AUGGUGGAGGAUAGAUACCGGGAGGCCAAGGAGAAGGCCAAGGAGCAGGUCAGGAAGGCUGCAGCUGUCAGCCUCACGUCGGAUAUGUGGACAUCCAUUAACAUGGAUGCGUAUCUGGCGGUGACCUGUCACUACAUUAGUGAUGAGGACCAGCUCUGCACUUCCUUACUGGGAGUGCAACAUUUCCCGAAGGCCCAUACAGCUGAGAACCUGGCUGCAGGGCAUGCACAGCUGAUGGAGGAGUGGGGCAUAACGGAUAAAGUGAAAUGCCUGGUCACCGACGGAGCAGCUAACAUGAAUGCGUGUGUCAGACAGCUAAACAUCAGACACACCGUGUGCAUUGCACACACAAUUAAUUUACUUGUGCGCAAGUCAUUUGAUGAUGUGCCUGGGCGAAAUGACUUGCGCCAUAAAUGCAGAAGGUUGGUGACCCUCUUUCGAUCCAGUACAUCAGCUAAAGAAAGGCUUGUUCAGGUGCAGGAAGAAAUGGGGAGGCAGCCUUACAGAAUGAUAAUUGAAGUUGAGACAAGGUGGAACAGCACUUUCCAUAUGUUGGAAAGGUUGUAUGAGCUCAGAGAGCCAGUGGGAGCAGCCUUAGCCUCCCUAAAAACUGACGUUGCACCUCCAACAGCUUCAGAAUACGAAGCAAUAAAGGAUGUGCUGAAUGUUCUCGAGCCAUUCCAUCAGGCAACAGUUGAAGUCUCUAGCGAGAGGAGGGUGUCUGGAUCAAAAGUGAUCCCUCUCAUAAAAAUGCUGCAUCAUACAGUUUCCUGCAGACUCCCAACCCUGACCACUGCAAGGCAGCUGGGGGACAACCUCAUCCGGCGCCUUAAGGAGCACAUCCACAACUUGGAAUCAGUCAGUGCUCUCACACUGCCAACCUUAUUGGAUCCGAGAUUUAAAAAACUUGGAUUUCUAACUCCUGGCAAAACACAAGAGGCAAUAAAUAGACUGAAAAAUGAGUGUGUCAAUAUGAUCAGGAGAGAGUCUCCCCCCUCCCACCUGCAAGCCGUCCCCGUGGAUCCGCCAGCCAAUCAUGGUGAGCUUUGGCAGCUCCUGGACACAUCAGUCACCACCAGCAGGAGCAGCUCCAGCGCCACUGCCGAUGCAACGAUUGAGCUGGACCGCUACCUGGCAGAGGCAAAUAUUCUGAGGAAUGAGGAUCCACUCGUAUACUGGAAAACCUGCAAGACGCAGUAUCCGCAUCUAUAUCGACUAGCAACAGCAUGGCUGUCAACACCAGCAUCCUCUGUGCCUUGUGAGAGGGUGUUCUCAAAAGCAGGAGAAAUUUUAUGUAAACGAAGAAAUCGACUGAACCCAUCCACACUUGAGAAACUUUUAUUUUUAAAUAAAAAUGAAUGA